UCAAAAACACAAACACCCUCUUUAGAGUGAACAAAAGGAGAGAAGUUUGCUAUAUCUAUAUAUAAUUUAUAUCUUAUAUGGUUUCUAUUCAUACAUCUAUUUUGCCUACAUCAACAAUGAUUCAAGAUUGUGAAGAUUUUUCUAAGAAGAGAAAACGUGAUGGAUCAUUACAACCUCAAGAUUUCUUGGAUGAUCUCCUUUCAUCAAAAAUCAAAAACUCGAAGAAAUCAUUACUUGACACCGAACUUCAUCUCGAGACUCCCAUGCCUUUGGAGUGGCAACGUUGCCUCGAUAUCAAGUCUGGCCAAAUAUAUUAUUACAACACAAGCACACAUAAAAAGACUUCAAUGGAUCCUAGAAGAAGCACACAAGAACCACCAAAGAGUCAUAUGAGUCUUGAUCUUGAACUCAACUUACCAUGUGGAUCAUCAUCAUCAUCUCAUGAUCAUCAUCAUCAUAAUUCAACAAAGAAACACCAUGUUGCCGACAACUUCUCAAAGUACAAGAAUUCGAACACGCCGAUGACAUCAAACAAUAAGAAAAUAAGUAAAAAUGGCGGUAUGCCAUCAUGGUUGGCUUUGGAAGGAUCAUCAUCAAGUGGAGAUCAACAACAAGAGAUGAUGACAGCAGUUUGUAAGAAGUGUCAUAUGUUGGUAAUGAUGUUCAAGAGUUCACCUUCAUGCCCUAAUUGUAAAUUCAUGCAUCCACCCAAUCAAACCCCUCCAAGUCUCUUUACAAGAGAAUUAAGCCUCUUGUGUUGAUUAGUUAAAUUAAUUAAUUAAUUAGCUAAUCAUGGUUUAACUAUUAACUAAGUGCAUCCCCUAGUUGUUUCUAAUAUAAGAAUGUGUAAAAUUUUAUUUGAUAUAAUUUUAAAAAAUUUAGCUAGCUAGCUAGUUAUAUGUCUUUAAUUAAGUAGUGUAUAUGAAUGGUGAAUUGGUAAGAAA